UAUACCGAUUUGUGCACUGCGAAAAAAAAGUGCCCUUUGGUGAGGUUUAGGGCACAUGAAAGUGCCCUAAGUGCGCCACAGACAACGUGAAAACAAAAACAGGUCACUUUCAAGUGUCCUAAACCUCACCAAAGGGCACCUUCUUUUGCAGUGCGAGUAUAAUACGAGCUAUGUAUGCAUUAAUAGCGAAUAUUGUAAGAUCACGCCCCAACUUCGCGUCUGGAAUAUGACCGCGCUAUUACACCGUGAUUUCAUCUAGAUCGCGACUCGCACCCAGAUAAGAUGUUUGGAAAAUCAUAUUAAUGAUCUUGAGUUUCUGCAAAAUAAUAUGGUUUCAUGUGUAUGUUUUCUUGAUGUUGAAGGUCCUCAGGUAACCCCAACAUUAUCAAAUACCAAUGGUCACAACGGCCAUACAACAGCAGAAUUGACAAAAAAUGAUCGCAUUUUGCGUGCGGAUGAUGAUUAUUAUGAUAAAGAACGCUCCCAAACAAUAAAAACAUGGUCAGAAUCUGUACUAUUAUCGUUAACAUCACCAUUUCGUGAUAAAAAUCCAAAACAUCACACUCAUUAUACAACAGCCACGUUGUAUCAUCAUCAUCAACCACAAAAUGGUUCCAUAGCAACAUAUGAAAAUUACGGAGAAGAUUCGUCUUAUAAUUCGGCAUUGAAAUCAGAUAUUCAUAACGUAAAUACAGUUAAUGAUUAUUCAAACCAGUAUCAAACAAUUGGCCGAAAAUAUACAAAUGGUUCCAUAUCAUAUAAUGAUAACGAAGAUGUUGUUAUCACUCUUCCCAAACCAUUUGUAUCAGAGACACCCAACUCGUUAACAAAUAGCACCACCGAUGUAUCUUUAUUGUUACCAGUAACGUCAUUACCACCGCUUUCACCAAUUAAACGUUUUAUAAAAGAGCAUGCUAUUUCGCUAUUAAUACCUAGUAUAUUCUAUUUCGCUUGGUUCGUUUUUAUUGUCGGUUACACCAUUUUACAUAUUGUGGUUUAUUUUUUAAUGCUUGUACUCUAUCUUUUUAAUGAUAAAACGCGUCGAUUCGUAUUGGCAUUCCUUCCCUAUAUGAUUUAUUUAUUAGUAUAUGAUUCACUGAGAGUCGUACCAAAUUAUUCAGUAUCGAAUAUCCACACGGAAGAUAUUUAUAAUAUUGAAAAAAAAUUGUUUGGUGUUUAUAGUAAUAAAAAAUUAUUGACACUCAAUGAAUAUUUUCGUAUUCAUCACAUCGGGAUAUUAGACGUAUUGACAGGCGUUUUAUAUCUUCACUGGAUACCAAUACCACUAUUAUACAGUUUUUAUUUAUACCGUAAUAAACGUAAACGUGAUGGUUUAGAUUUUGCUAUCACAUUUCUAUUGACAAAUCUUAUAGGAUUUAUCAUUUACUAUAUCAUACCGACAGCUUCAAAUCGUUUUCAGUGUUAUUCUUUGUUUUUAAGACCUCCGUGGUAUGUUGAAUUAUAUGGUUCUCAAAUAAAGACAAACGUUAGCGGAAAUCCUGCGGGUUUCAUAUAUUUCGAACAAAUCACAGGUCUGAAGAUAUUUUCUGGUAUGUAUGCAAAGAAUGCCAAUGUAUUUGCUGCCAUACCAUCAUUACAUGCUGCCUAUCCGGUAUUAUGUGUACUAUAUGGAAAUUUAAGUAAAAAAUUAUGGUUACAAAUACUUUUUGUGUUAUUGACAUUAGGUAUAUGGUUUUCAGCCGUUUACAGUAGACAUCAUUAUGUUUUAGAUGUACUAUCCGGGGGAUUAUGUUCAGUAUCCGCUUAUUUUAUCUAUAAAAUAUUGUCUACAAAAGUGGCAUGGGUUAUAAAAUUUCUAAAUAAUUAUGAAAAAGUUAUCUAA